GCCGGGCGCGGAGCUCGGGCGGGCGGCGCCAUGCUGCUGUCGGUCGUGCUGCACCUGUACGCGCUGCGCUGCGCGCUGCCCGCCGCCGUGCUGCUGGGCUCGGCGCCCACCUACGUGCUGGCCUGGGGCGCCUGGCGCCUGCUGUCGGCGCUGCUGCCGGCGCGCUUCUACCAGGCCGUGGACGACCGGCUCUACUGCGUCUACCAGAGCAUGGUGCUCUUCUUCUUCGAGCACUACACCGGCGUGCAGAUACUGCUCUAUGGAGAUAUGCCAAAAAACAAAGAGAACGUGAUAUACUUAGCAAAUCAUCAAAGCACAGUGGACUGGAUUGUCGCUGAUAUUCUGGCCGUCAGGCAAAAUGCUCUGGGCCACGUGCGCUACGUGCUCAAGGACGGGCUGAAGUGGCUCCCCUUGUACGGCUGCUAUUUCUCUCAGCACGGGGGCAUCUACGUGAAGCGAAGUGCCAAGUUCAACGAGAAAGAGAUGAGAGGGAAGCUGCUGAGCUAUGUGCAGGCAGGGACCCCGAUGUAUCUUGUGAUUUUUCCAGAGGGGACAAGGUAUAACCCAGAACUAACCAAGGUUAUAUCAGAUAGUCAAGCAUUUGCUGCUCAAGAAGGCCUCCCAGUGCUGAAGCAUGUGCUGACGCCUCGUAUCAAGGCAACCCACGUGGCCUUUGACUGCAUGAAGAGCUACUUAGACGCCAUCUAUGACGUCACCGUGGCUUUCGAGGGCACGACAGAUGAGAAGGGGCAGCGGAAGGAGGCCCCCACCAUGACCGGAUUUCUCUGCAAAGAAUGUCCCAAAAUUCACAUCCACAUUGCCCGGAUUGACAGGACACAGGUCCCGGAAGAGCAGCUGUCCAUGAGGAUGUGGCUUCAUGAGCGCUUCGAGAUCAAAGACAAGUUGCUAAUAGAAUUCUACGACUCGAUGGACCCCGAGCGGAGGAACAGGUUUCCAGGGGAGAGCGUCCAGUCCAGCCUGAGUCUGCAGAAGACACUGCCGUCUCUUGUCCUCCUGAGCGGCCUGACUGCGGGCCUGCUGAUGACCGAGGCCGGCCGGAAACUGUAUGUGAAGACCUGGCUCUUUGGAACCCUCAUCGGCUGCCUGUGGGUCACUGUGCGCGCGUGACCGUGCCCGGGGACCCUGACAGUGGGCACCCUUGGUGGCUGGCAGAUUGUAAAUAAAGCCUUGUUGACUGA